AUGGCCAGAAACAAGCAGACCGCCCGCAAAUCCACUGGAGGAAAAGCCCCCAGGAAGCAGCUGGCUACCAAGGCUGCAAGGAAGAGCGCCCCGGCCACCGGCGGCAUCAAGAAGCCUCACCAUUACCGACCCGGUACCGUGGCUCUGAGAGAGAUCCGUCGCUACCAGAAAUCCACGGAGCUGCUCAUCCGCAAGCUGCCCUUCCAGCGCCUGGUCAGAGAGAUCGCUCAGGACUUCAAGACAGACCUGCGCUUCCAGAGCUCCGCUGUCAUGGCUCUGCAGGAGGCCAGCGAGGCUUACCUGGUCGGCCUCUUCGAGGACGCCAAUCUGUGUGUCAUCUGCGCCAAGAGGGUCACCAUCAUGCCCAAAGACAUACAGCUGGCCCGCCGCAUCCGUGGAGAGAGGGCUUAG